ACGUUCCAUCUAUACCUCUGACGCAAUCACCCCCCUCAAAGCUCAGAACCCUCGCCCAGUCCUCGAAGUUUCCGCAAUGGCUUCGUUCAAACAUUGCUCUCCGAUGGCUCCCUCCUGUUCCCAAGGGCAGAGUGGUGUAUAUGGCGGUGCAACACCGUUUACUGCGAACUGGUAUCCAUGUGAUCUUAUUUUGGCAAAUCAAACAAAAAGAUUGUCUCUCAGUUUCAAAGUUAAUGGAAGAGUGACGAGGGCUGCGUUAAUUUCUGAAGGGCGAGACAAUUUUGUGAGUAAACAGGUAGGUGAACCAAGUGGGAUUCGGACACAGCCUGGUGAAAUAGAGUUAGCGUUUGGAACAUUAGCGGCAGAGACAAUUGCCACAACAACAAUAACUACUACUACUACUACUAGUGCCAGUGGUUUCUUUUCCAAUGAUGAGUAUGAUCUGGACCGGCCAACCGCCGGGUUUUCUUCUGUUCCGGAGGCGAUUGAGGACAUUAGGAAAGGCAAGAUGGUAAUUGUCGUUGACGAUGAAGACAGAGAAAAUGAGGGAGAUCUUAUAAUGGCAGCGUCAAAGGUGACGCCGGAGGCUAUGGCAUUUGUUGUCAAGCAUGGAACUGGGAUUGUGUGUGUGAGCAUGAAAGGGGAGGACUUGGAGAGGUUGCAACUUCCGUUGAUGGUGACGCAGAAGGAGAAUGAAGAAAAACUUUGUACAGCAUUUACUGUGUCCGUGGAUGCAAAACGUGGUACAACAACUGGUGUUUCAGCUCGUGAUAGGGCAGCCACGGUAUUGGCUCUUGCAUCAAGACAUUCAAAACCUGAAGAUUUCAACCGCCCAGGCCAUAUUUUCCCCCUCAAGUACAGGGAGGGAGGGGUCUUGAAAAGAGCCGGGCACACAGAAGCUUCUGUUGAUCUUGCUGUUUUGGCUGGGUUAGAACCUGUUGCCAUUUUAUGCGAGAUUGUGGAUGAUGAUGGCUCCAUGGCUAGAUUACCUAAGCUUCGCCAGUUUGCAGAGACAGAGAACUUGAAAAUUAUUUCCACUGCUGAUUUAAUAAGAUACAGGAGGAAAAGAAAUAAGUUGGUGGAGCGGUCUGCUGCUGCGCCAAUACCCACAAUGUGGGGGCCAUUCCAAGCCUACUGCUAUAGGUCAUUGCUGGAUGGCAUCGAGCAUAUUGCCAUGGUUAAAGGCGAGAUUGGGGAUGGACAAGAUAUUCUUGUGAGGGUACAUUCUGAGUGUCUCACUGGCGACAUAUUUGGAUCAGCCAGAUGUGACUGUGGAAACCAGUUGGCACUUGCAAUGAAGCAAAUUGAGGAAGCAGGUAGGGGUGUAUUAGUCUAUCUCCGUGGACAUGAAGGUAGAGGAAUUGGUCUGGGCCACAAGCUUCGUGCUUACAACCUUCCGGAUGAUGCACAUGACACAGUCGAGGCAAAUGAGGAGCUGGGUUUGCCUGUUGAUUCUCGGGAAUAUGGCAUUGGUGCACAGAUACUUCAAGAUGUAGGUGUCAGGACAAUGAGGCUAAUGACGAACAAUCCUGCAAAGUAUGUUGGUCUUAAGGGUUACGGUUUGACAAUUGCAGGCAGGGUCCCAUUGUUGACACCAUUAACAACGGAGAACAAGAGAGAUUUGGAGACUAAGCAUAAGAAAACGGGGCAUAUCUAUGGUUCGGAAAAUAGUGGUCUAGUAAAAGGCAUUACAGGAGAAAAUGGCAAUUCAAAUUGAGUAAUGCUAGAUAUAGUCUUAGGGUGUAUAAGUUCCGCGCAUUUCCUUUAAAAAUAAGUGGGUCUAUCAUUAAAAAAUGAUUUUUUUUCACAUGGGUU